UCCAAAGAUUGAGUUAAGCGAAAAGAAAAAUCGAAAAAUAAGCGCAUAUUGCAAAACAAAGAAAAAAAUGACACAAUUUGACCUCCAACCCCGUACCUUGUGGCGGUCGACCCGACGAGUGCGUGCGGCCUGUUUUUCUCACCAGGUCAGGGUCAAAGUGGGUCAACCCACAGGUCGACCCGCGGGUUGGCAACCUUGAUCUGCACCAAAUAAUCAAAAUUAUUAUUAUCAUUUUUCUCCCUCUUUUGUUUUUGUUGUCUUUCCACUCCCAGUCGUGUCCUCCCCCAGAUACCAAUUUUCCCAGCAAACAAACACCACUUGCAAUUCCCCCCCAGCGCCGGAUGCUCCCAUUCCGAGUCCCGACUUUUCGUUAAAUGAUAAUUUUAACAAAUUGUUUGAGAAUUCUGCCCAUUUUGGUGGCCACCCCACAACCACAACCACAACAACACACACUUGCGCUGUUCUUCUCCUUCACUGGGAUUGGACCGAUUCAGCCUUGUUUUAAACUAGUAUAUCACAUCCGUUAAUUUAUAUUUUAAACUCUGCACCAGGCAGGAGAGCUCCCCUUUCCGUAUUUGUUAUAUAGAGGUUUUAUUAGUUCCCUUCCUUUCCCAUAUCUUCGGCGCAGCACCGUAAGAUUUUGAAGAAAUCCCAGUUCUGAUUUUGUUUGUUUUCCCAUACCCUUCCUCCUUCUUCGCCCUCCGGCCGCCUCGCUAGGUCUUCUGUUUCUGUGUUUUCCCGCAGACCACAAGGUGAGUGUUUAUGGGUUUUUCAUUCAAUUUCCCGUUGAGGGUAAGCAUGCCCUGGAUUUGGGUUGGUCAAAGGUUGCUUCUUUUGCCCUGUAUUCGUGUAGGAUCCUACCUACUGUUAAGAGUUCCUGAUGGGUUAGGGAUUGGCAAUGUUUGGGGAUAGGUAAAAAAAUUUUAUGGACGAUGAUGGAAUUUGAUGGCGUUGUAUUGUGUGUGAAUCUGUAUGGCGUUUGCUCAUCUUGAUCCUUCACAAAAUAUAACUGGUUGCAACGAUUCAAGUCGAUUUCAAGCGCUUGAUGUUCUUUUAAAUACUGAACUUGUCCUCCAGAGAAUUAUUCUUAACAUCUUUUGGUUGGUUUGAACCGUGAACUAGACCAUGUUGGACAAAGAGUUUUUCACCGAGUAUAGCGAGGCAAGCCAGUACGAUAUUCAAGAAGUGGUUGGGAAAGGAAGCUAUGGGGUUGUUGCAUCGGCUAUAGAUACUCACACUGGGGAGAAGGUGGCCAUUAAGAAGAUGAACAACGUUUUCGAGCAUGUCUCUGAUGCCACACGCAUCUUGAGAGAGAUCAAGCUCCUUCGCUUGCUUCGCCACCCCGAUAUUGUGGAGAUCAAGCACAUAAUGCUUCCUCCAUCCCCAAGGGAGUUCAAGGAUAUCUAUGUGGUCUUUGAGUUGAUGGAAUCUGAUCUCCAUCAGGUAAUUAAGUUGAACAACGAUUUGACUCCUGAUCAUCACCAAUUCUUCUUGUACCAGCUUCUUCGAGGUCUAAAGUAUAUACAUUCAGCUCACGUCUUUCACCGAGACCUGAAGCCGAAAAAUAUUCUGGCCAAUGCCGACUGCAAACUGAAACUUUGUGACUUUGGGCUUGCUCGUGUGUCAUUUAGUAAUGCCCCUUCCGCUAUCUUUUGGACAGAUUAUGUGGCAACCCGAUGGUAUCGUGCCCCGGAAUUGUGCGGCUGCUUUUCUUCCAAGUACACGCCUGCAAUUGAUAUUUGGAGCAUAGGAUGCAUAUUUGCAGAGUUGGUAACAGGCAAGCCCUUGUUUCCUGGGAAAAAUGUGGUCCAUCAAUUGGAUCUCAUCACUGAUUUGCUUGGCACUCCCUCUCCCGCUACCAUUUCACGGAUCGGGAAUGAAAAAGCUAGGAAGUAUCUGACGGGCAUGAGCAAAAAGCAACCAAUUCCAUUCACCAAAUAUUUCCCUGGGAAAGAUGCAGGGGCUCUUCGCUUACUGGAGCGCAUGCUAGCGUUUGACCCUAAAGAUCGCCCAUCUGCUGAAGAGGCACUGGCUGAUCCAUACUUCUAUGGCCUGGCAAAUUUGGAGAAUGAACCAACUAGGGCACCCAUUUCAAAACUGGAGUUUGAGUUUGAAAGGAGAAGACUGACACGAGAUGAUGUAAGAGAGUUAAUCUACAGAGAGAUCUUGGAGUACCAUCCUGAAAUGCUAAAUGAGUAUCUCCGGGGCAUAGACCAGACUCACUUCGUGUAUCCUAGCGGAGUUGACUGGUGCAAGGAACAAUUUGCUUGUUUGGAAGAUGAAAAUGGCGAUGUAAUUGAAAGAACCAGCCCAGUACACAGGAAACAUGCCACCUCUUUGCCAAGAGAAAGGGUGUGCACCAUUGAUGACCAUGAUGAUCCCAAGAAGGGGGGCUGCGACUGUUGUCAUGGUGGCGGGGAUAAUGCAAGGCCGAACUCCAGUAAAACUGCCUCUCCUCCAGCGACUGUACAGCGCCAGAGCCCUCGUGCACCACCAGCAGAGGAAUCGACGCCGCUGCUGCCUUCUGCUAACAAAAAGAGCAGCACAUUAACCAAGAAGAGCAGCAGUGGGAAUCCCAUUACACCGACUUGCAGCAGUGGACGCAGCCUGCUGAAAAGCGACAGCAUUUGUGCGUCCAUGUGUGUUGGUGUCGUUGGAAAUGAUCUGCAGGUUCAUGCUCGGUGAAUUUGAGAGAUGGACGGUGGUGGUGGUGCUGUUUCAUUUGGUCUUUGGAACGCGGGUCGUGAAUUCCUGCUGUUUUUACUGCUUGAUGAUGAUGAUGAUGACGAUAAGGGUACUGACGUUUGCGUGUAAUUCUGGGUACAUUGUGAUAUCUGUUUUGUACUGACCAGCAACCGUUCUGCUGUAAUCUUGUUCUUCGAUUUGGAAAUAUUUGCAUUAUGGCCAACGGUGCAAGAAGGGGAAAAACGAAAAAACUCCUCUCCGGAGCUAUUUGUUCUUGUUUUUUUUCUUACGGUUAUUCUUGUUUAUUUAUUUGCUAAAGGCAGCUUUAAUUUUACAAUUAUCGUCCUUAGCAUCCUAACGAAAACCUCAACAGUCUACACCCACCAAAUUUUGCCCAGUCAAAAUUGGGAUUUUAAGUUCAUAUUAUAUUAGAAUGGAAUAUUAAGUAAAAUCGAAAAUUUGUA